AUGGAUUUAGAAGCAGGCUAUUGGCAGAUUCCCAUUGCUGAAAAAGAUAAGAAGAAAACAACAUUUGUAACCACGGAUGGCCUAUAUGAGUUCAAUGUACUACCAUUUGGUUUGUCAAACGCACCAGCAACAUUUCAAGGUGUCAUCAAUUCAGUGCUAGGCAUAUUACGAUGGGACAUUACGCUGGUUUAUUUGUAUGAUAUUAUUAUUUAUUCACCAACAUUUGAAAAACAUGUUGCUUACUCCUUCGUUCAAAUGGCACAAUUCUAUCGAUGUUUCAUACCCAAGUUUUCAACUAUUGCAGCUGCACUCAACGUAUUUAAAAACAAAAAUGUUGCAUUUGCAUGGGCAAAAGAAUGUCAAGAAUCUUUUGACACACUAAAACACAAAUUAUCACAAUACCCAUUAUUAACAUUUGAUGAUAGAAAAUCAAAAUUAACUCUCAAAUUAAAUACAGAUGCAUUAAAUGUGGGUCUUGGUAGUGUUUUACAUCAAGUUAUGGAAGAUGACAAGUUAAUCAUCCAUUAUGUUGGCUUAACAAAAAAUCCUCCAAAAAUGGAAGACUGGAUCGGUCGUCGUUACAAUUACAAGAAUAUUCCUUUGAUAUCGAACACACAUCUGGAAAAAUCAAUUGUGUUGCUGAUUGUUUAUCCAGAUAUCUCGUUGAAAAAACCAGAUGAUAUUGCUGAAGAACAGUUAAAUUUAAUGGUUGGUCGAAUAAACAACAUUCAACAGGUGAACAUGACCAAUGAAUCACCAUUUGAUUCAACUAUCAUUUGGCAACAUCAGUUGAACGAUUCGAAAAGUAAAUUGCUACAAGAUAAAUUAAAGAGCAGUAGCCAAAUAAAAUCACUUGAAUUAGAAAAUGGUAUAGUUUAUUGUUAA